AUCUGCAGAAAAAAACAAAAAUCCACGAGUACGGUACGAUUUGCUCAAACUUUUCGGUUUUUGCAUCACGUUGUGAUUUCUGAUAAAUUUAACAAUCAAAAUGCAUCCCGAUCUAACCGAAAGAAUCCUUCAACACUUGAACGUCUCCGACAAAGUUGACACUCUCGAUUUAGUUCCAAUAUUCGGUGAAGAUCAUCAAAAAAUCAUUGGCGCUUUGAAAAGUAUUCAAGCUCAUGGCGAACUUGUUCUUGCUGAACCAACAUCUAGAAAAUCAUUAGAACUUACAGGUGAGGGUAUUGAAGUAGCUGCCAAUGGUAGUCAUGAAGCUGCAGUUUAUAAUGCUGUCCCAUCUGAGGGCAUUGCUCAAGCGGAAUUGAUGAAAUCAUCUCCAAAUGCUAAAGUUGGCUUCAGCAAAGCCAUGUCCCAAGGUUGGAUUUUUGUUGACAAGUCAGUCACUCCUCCUUUAGUUAAAAAGAAGGUUGACAAAAUUGAAGAUUUAGUCAUGCAAAAUUUAAAAGCUGUUGCAAAUGGCAAUAGUGACUUGGCGGCAAAUGUCGUUUCUGAAUAUAAAAAGAGGAAACUUCUUCAAGAAGUUACCACAAAGAGUUUCAUUUUAAGCAAAGGUCCAGAGUAUUCAUUAACUCUGACAAAACUUGAAACCGAUUUGACUGUAGAAAUGCUUGCUUCUGGGCUAUGGAAAGAUUUGAAAUUCAAAGCAUACAACUUUGAUGCUUUGGGUGCUCCACCAACACGUGGUCACUUGCAUCCUCUGCUCAAAGUUCGCACUGAAUUCCGUCAGAUCUUUCUUGAAAUGGGCUUCUCUGAAAUGCCCACAAAUAACUACGUUGAAUCGUCGUUCUGGAACUUUGAUGCUCUCUUUCAGCCUCAACAGCAUCCAGCUCGUGAUGCUCAUGAUACCUUUUUCAUUAAUUACCCAUCCAAGAGUUAUAAAUUUCCCCAAGAUUAUUUACAACGUGUAAAGAAAGUACAUUCCGAGGGGGGAUAUGGUUCCCAAGGCUAUGGCUAUGAUUGGAAGCUUGAAGAAGCUCAAAAGAACCUUCUGCGUACUCACACGACCGCGGUGAGUGCGAGGAUGCUUUAUAAAUUGGCCAAUCAACCAGGUGGAUUCAAGCCAGCCAAAUACUUUAGUAUUGAUAGGGUUUUCCGUAAUGAAACUCUGGAUGCUACUCAUUUGGCUGAGUUUCAGCAAGUCGAAGGUGUAAUUGCUGAUGUUGGUCUGACACUGGGUGAUUUAAUUGGAACUUUGUAUGAGUUCUUCCGGAAGUUGGGUAUCACCAAGUUGGAAUUUAAGCCUGCUUAUAAUCCAUAUACUGAACCGAGUAUGGAGAUAUUUUGUUUUCAUCCUGGUUUGGAUAAGUGGAUUGAGGUUGGAAACUCUGGAAUCUUUCGACCAGAAAUGUUGCUUCCGAUGGGACUACCGCCAAAUGUGAAUGUUAUUGCAUGGGGUUUGUCGCUGGAGCGACCAACCAUGAUUAAAUAUGGAAUUAAUAAUAUUCGUGAUCUAGUUGGACCAAAGGUUGAUUUGAAGAUGGUCGAAGAAGGACCUAUUUGUCGAUUGGAGCGUUAAAUUUUUUUUGUUUGAUGCGAGCAUUUUAAAUU